GGAAACACGCCGAGCCAAGACACCGGGAGUAUCUCUAUGAGAGUGCGGAAUUGUCAGGCACGAAGAAGGGCUCGGGCGCAGAGCUCACUCACUGCCGAAAACGAGGAAACAACGGUCCAUGAUGAGCCACGGAACCAAGGCUCGCACGGGGAGCCACACAGAUCGAGCAACGGCUGCUACCUGGCUAAUAGCCGCCUUCGCCGUAGUGGGAUCGAGGUUAUUGCAAAGCGGAGGCGCCUAGCGACUCGAGGCGACUGCUCGGCGACGACCGGGAGCCAACGGCGCGUUGCAUUCGAGCCCGUAUCCCCCUCCUCCAAGCGGACCGACCACGUCCGCGUCCAGGCCGGCUUCCCGCAUAUAGGCUCAGGUCGACCCAGCACCUCUCGUCGGCCGGCGUCGCCCCGACUACUCCCCGAAGUGGACGGCGAUGGAGGGGCCGUGGGAGUAGAGGGCGGGAUGCGAAGUGUAGAAGCUGGUGUCGCAGUGCCAAGGCGAGAGAGACGGCAAACGGUUGGAGGUUCCGUUGUCGGAACGUCGCAUUCUGCCCAGCCCCGAUGUCACGUCGCCGCCGCCGUACCGGAUAAGGGCGAGAAGGCAAUAUCGGGCGGCGGAACCUAAGCUCGGCAGCGCUCGAUUUGAGAGGGCGCUCCUGGGGGCGGCGCGGGCGAUGUAGGUUCAAGUGCCGGCGAACGCCCAUAUCAGAUGCCGCUCGAUCGCCGAUAGAUGGAUCGCAGCCGCGCGCCGAUCACGAGCACGCGCCCUGGCGAUCGAUAUUGCGAG